AUCAUGGCUGACAAGCUCGUACCACUUUCAGAGAGGAGACUUCUAGAGGUGAAGCUUGGAGAGCUUCCUGCCUGGAUUGGCCAUCGGGAUUUUACUCCAAAUGGUGUUGUUGGAGCUGUUCGAAGAGGCUAUGAUCGAUACUUUAACAAAUACAUCCAUGUGCGGAAAGGUGGAAUUGGUGGUGUCGCCAUGCUUCUUGCUGGCUACAUGGUCUGGGGAUACUAUUCCAGAGUUUAG